AUGCCUGAAGAACGGCGCAAGCGGAAGGUGAGGACUCUUGAGCUUCAGCUCGACUACGUUCUGGCGAGGAACAUUCCUCAGUCAGAUAUCCGAAAGUCAAGAACUGCACAGGAUGUGGGGUUCUUGACUUUCGGAUAUCUGACUCUGGCCACCAUCCAGUUCUUCUCGGCUUCAAGAUACGGUUUUACAAGAGUUCCCCUUCAACCAAAACUCGACAUGGCAGGUCUGAAAGACGAAGAAUGCAGAAAGAAAUUCCAACGUGUGUCUAUUCAUGCUGGAGUACAGAACACGAAGGCGGUUCAAAUGCCGCGGAAGAAGAUUGCCUUUGCAUCUGCGGAAACAAAAUCUACGUACAAUUCUGUAUGUGUCGCGCGCAGCACUGGUGACUUCAACCAGGAAAAGCGUCUUAGAAGGAAGUUGCGUCGUCAACUCCAACAAGACCGCGAUAACAAGGGGACAUCAAGGGCAAUGGAGUUUGAAAAGGCGUGGGAGGACAAGAACCCGCGGAAAGCCUAUGCUUUACUAAACAGUAUAGCGGCAAAACAAAAAGAUGUUCUCUUGUCCUUAACACUGCCAAUGGAGUGGCUGUCCGUGAAACAACCCUUCCAGUUUGCAGGGAUCACUUCAAGACCUUGCUGA